AUGCCACUUGAGCUGCACCUCGAUCUUCAUUCACAGCCAUGUCGCUCCGUCUUCGUAUUUGCUAAGAUAACAAAAAUUCCCUUUGAAUACAAAGCCGUGGAUCUGGCUGCGGCUAUUCUGCAGUACUUGGCAGCGAAACAUUGCACCCCUGACCACUGGUACCCAGCUGACCUGCAGAAGCGUGCACGAUUUGAUGAGUAUCUUUCCUGGCAGCACACAAACAUAAGAGCUAAUGGGUCAAAGGUCUUCUGGUUCAGGGCAGUGUUGCCUGUGGUCACAGGGGCCCCAGUGCCCAAGGAGAAGAUGGAUUCUGCCAUGGAGGACCUCAACUUGGUUCUGAAGAUCAUUGAGGAGAAGUUUCUGCAGGACAGACCCUUUAUAACUGGAGAGAAAAUAUCACUGGCAGAUAUAGUAGCCAUUGAAGAAAUGAUGCAGCAAAAAUGGGCGUCGGGCAGCUUGCUUUUGAGGAUUCGUUCAGGCUGUAGUUUGAAGACACAUUGAAGCUGUCUUUCGGUGAAUCUACAAGUUCAAGUGUGAACAUUGGUAAGAACAACAAGGAGAAGCCCAAGCAGCUCAGCAGCACUGCAGUGUUGAUAACA